AAAAAAAAAUGUCUGUUUAUGGGAUGAAAUUCGAAGACAUUCCUUCUCCUAUUGAAGAAUUAAAAGAUAUCCCCUUUUCUAGGAUAUCAAAGACAAUUAUGAAAUCUAUGGAAGAACGAGAAGAAGUAAUCUCGACUCCUAGGCGACGAAAUUACAAUAAUUAUGGAGAUAUAUCUCCCUCAUCGAUUUCCGUAAAUUUCAGUAGAAUGGAACUUAACGAUUCUUCUCCAUCAUCAAAGGGUAAAAAACCUGAAAAGACAUCAAAAAUGUGCAACGCUAGAAAACUCAAUGAAAAAUAUGCAAUAAUGCAGCAAAAAAUGACACAUAUGGUUCAGGAAAUUACUUAUCCAAAGGCAAUAUCUUCGCGUAAUUCAAAGAAUUUGCAGGAAAGACAGCGAGAUGAAGAUCAAUCAGGAAUGAUUCCAAAUUCGUUUCAUGAUCAACAAAACCCUUUUUUCAUAAACUCAUCCAAUACGAAUAAUCUCACAGCUGGUAGUUUAAUGGGUAGAUGGUUAAGUACAAACUCGAACAAAAGAAAAUUAACAAAUUUCAUUGAAGAUCUAGAGCAAGAUAUAUCGUCAGACAGAAUAGAACAUACACCAUCUGGGAAUGAGCAACAACAUAUUAUAAAGUGGAAGAAUGACAACCCACCAAAAUCGUUUACAAGCUGUAAUACUUUCAAUACGUCUCGAGAUAACGUAUCUACAUUGGGGUCCAUGACUCCAAAUUUUCGUAAUAGACAAGAAAGAUCUGGUCUGCAAACUACACCAAUAAAAAAAGCAAGAUUGUCACAACCUUCACCAUUUAGCACACCAGUUCAUUCACCAAAACCAAGUUUCAUCGUUAGAAAGCGCGCUAGACGUAUUGCACCGAUAUGUCCACCUCCAAAAUUAAAUUAUUCAGAAAAAGCUAAUGAAGAUGAAAUUGAUAGUCCCUUGGCAUCUCCAUCUCCGUCUCCUUAUAAAGGAUUUGGUAAGGAUGAUAGCUUACUUGAUAACAGUCGAUAUGAUCAAGUGAGAUAUAUUUACUUUUAUGCACAAACUUUUACAUUAUAUUAAAUACAACUAAAUAAAAAUUUUUCUAAUCUUUAGACUUCACCUUCACUUUCUGAAAUUAAUAUUUAUACACGGCAAUUAUCACAACAAAAUUUGAGUUACGCUGAUGCAGCAAGGAAUCCUAUUUUUACUGAGGCCACAAUUGAAUCUAUAUAUGAAUUCUUUCAGAGUGUAGAUAACACGUUAGGCUUUUAAGGAAAUUAAUUUCUCAAAUGCCAAUAAUACUUGAUUUAUU